AUGUCCGGCGCGGGCGAAGCCCUGGUCCCCGGGCCUGCGGGGCCGCAGCGCGCGGCGGAAGCGGGCAGCGGGCGGCUCGGAGCCCCGGCCCAGGAACAAUGUGAUAAAGAAAACGGCGAGAAAGAGAAAAGUCACACCACAAAAAGCUGCUUUACACAUGGAGAGAUGCAUGAAGAGUCCAUUUGGGGGAAUCAUCCAGAGAGUGGACUCGUCAGAACCCAACCUCAGCGCCUGCCUCAGCUCCAGCCUUUAUCACUGGAAUCAAGUGAGGAAGAAGGAGGCAAGAUCAAGAAUGGGCACACAGGUCUGAACAAUGGGAAUGGGAUUCACCAUGGAGUGAAGCAUGCGUCUGCAGACAGUCGAAAACUUUCCUCUCCCGUUUCUCACAAAAUGCACAGAAAAAUGCAGUCCGGCUUAUCUGUAAGCAGCGAUCUCAGUAAGAAGAGUAAAGUAAAUGCUGUCUUUUCCCAAAAGACUGGUUCUUCACCUGAAGAUUGCUGCGUCCACUGUAUCCUGGCGUGCUUGUUCUGUGAAUUCCUGACCCUCUGCAACAUUGUGCUGGGACAAGCCGCGUGUGGCAUCUGCUCGUCAGAGGCCUGCUGCUGUUGCUGUGGUGACGACGUGGGGGAUGACUGUAACUGCCCUUGUGACAUGGACUGUGGUAUCAUGGAUGCCUGUUGUGAAUCAUCGGACUGUUUGGAAAUCUGUAUGGAAUGCUGUGGAAUUUGUUUUCCCUCAUAGAUAUUUAUCAUUUACUUUGUGUUAAAA